AGGCAUAAAUUUUCCUGUAGUCAGGGUGAAUUUAACUCAUUUUCUUCUGCUUAUUGUAGGGCUUUCAGCAGAAAUUCUCCUUCCACAGUAAAGAGAUUGUGGCCAUCAGUUGUUCCUGGUGCAAGCUGGCGUUUCAUAACAAAGUCACCUGCUUCAUGCUACAUCACAUUGAGGAGCCAUGUUCUCUUGGGGCUCACGCAGCUGUCAUUGUGCCUCCCACCUGGAUCAUUAAGGUGAAGAAACCUCAGAACUCAUUAAAGACUUCAACACGGCGAAAGAAGAGGACAUCUUUUAAAAGAAAAGCCAGCAAAAGAGGCAAUGAUUUGUUUCUUGCUGUUGUUUCCCAGGAUAACAAAGGUCGGCCAUUUGUGAUAAAGCCUAUUUCCUCUCCGCUCAUGAAACCACUGUUGGUUUUUGUAAAUCCAAAAAGUGGAGGGAACCAGGGCACCAAGGUUCUCCAAAUGUUUAUGUGGUAUUUGAAUCCACGCCAGGUCUUUGAUCUUUCUCAGGAAGGGCCAAAAGAUGCGCUGGAGCUGUACAGAAAAGUGCCAAACCUGCGGAUCCUGGCCUGUGGUGGUGAUGGAACGGUUGGAUGGAUCCUCUCUAUCCUAGAUGAGCUGCAACUCACUCCCCAGCCUCCUGUGGCUGUCCUUCCACUUGGCACUGGGAAUGACCUUGCCCGCACCCUCAACUGGGGUGGGGGUUACACAGAUGAGCCUGUAUCCAAGAUCUUGUGUCACGUAGAAGAUGGGACCAUUGUCCAGCUGGACCGUUGGAAUCUCCAGGUUGAGCGCAACCCAGAUUUGCCACAGGAUGAGCUGGAAGAUGGGUCACGUAAGCUUCCGCUCAAUGUCUUCAAUAAUUACUUCAGCCUUGGGUUUGAUGCACAUGUUACACUGGAGUUCCACGAAUCCAGAGAAGCAAAUCCAGAGAAAUUCAACAGCCGAUUUAGAAAUAAAAUGUUUUAUGCAGGGGCAGCCUUUUCAGACUUCUUGCAAAGAAGCUCAAGAGAUUUAUCCAAGCACGUUAAAGUUGUGUGUGAUGGUACAGACCUGACUCCAAAGAUCCAGGAGCUGAAGUUCCAGUGUAUAGUGUUUUUAAACAUUCCCAGGUAUUGUGCUGGCACAAUGCCCUGGGGAAACCCUGGAGAUCACAGAGACUUUGAACCUCAGCGCCAUGAUGAUGGCUACAUUGAAGUCAUUGGGUUUACCAUGGCCUCACUGGCUGCUCUCCAAGUGGGUGGCCAUGGAGAGAGGUUGCAUCAGUGCCGUGAGGUGACGCUUUUAACGUACAAGUCUAUCCCCAUGCAAGUGGAUGGUGAACCUUGUCGGUUGGCUCCAUCACUCAUUCGGAUCUCCUUAAGGAACCAAGCCAACAUGGUGCAGAAGAGCAAGAGGAGAACAUCCAUGCCUUUGUUGAAUGAUCCUCAUUCCAUCCCUGAUCGCCUGCGCAUCAGAGUGAACCGGAUUAAUUUGCAAGAAUAUGAGGGGCUACAUUAUGACAAGGAAAAACUCCGUGAAGCUUCCAUUCCCUUAGGAAUUAUAGUUGUACGAGGAGACUGUGACUUGGAGACCUGUCGUAUGUAUAUUGACCGUCUACAAGAGGACCUACAGUCGGCAACUUCUACUACACAGAGAGUUCAUUACCAGGACCAAGAAAGCUCUUUCCCAAGAGUACUUUCUGUUCAGAGGCUCUCUCCUAGAUGGUGCUUCCUAGAUGCAACUUCUGCUGAUCGUUUUUACCGCAUUGACAGAUCUCAGGAACAUUUGCACUUUGUGACGGAAAUUUCGCAGGACGAGAUUUUUAUUCUGGAUCCAGAGCUGGUAAUGUCACAGCAGGGGGGGACGCCACCUGGAAUGCCUGAUCUGGUAGUGGAGCAGGCCUCUGGAAUAUCAGAUCGGUGGAACCCUGCUGUUAGAAAGAGGAUGUUAAGCGACAGUGGCCUUGGCAAGAUUUCCCCGCACUACGAGGUACCUGACAAACAAAAGGACGCCAGCCAGACCUAUAUGCUGCAGUCACCAGUUUCUUCAGAAGAUCAAGCACUUUUACAGGCAGUCAUAGCUGGUGAUCUGCUGAAGUUCAUAGAAUGCUGUAAAAAAGGAGCCAAUUUGCUAAUCCAAGGACCUGACCAUGGCUCCUUGUUGCAUCACGCUGCCAAGAGUGGGCAUGGCGAGAUUGUGAAGUAUAUCCUGGAACACGGUCCGUCUGAAUUACUGGACAUGACAGACAGUGAAACGGGUGAGACAGCAUUACAUAAAGCGGCCUGCCAGCGCCAUCGUGCCAUCUGCCAGCUCCUGGUGGAUGCAGGAGCCUCGCUGAGAAAGACGGACUCCAAGGGUAAGACUCCUCGUGACAGGGCUCAGCAAGCUGGUGAUCCAGAUCUGGCCUCCUAUCUGGAAAGUCGACAGAAUUACCAAAUGGUUCCCCAUGAGGAUUUGGAAACAGCAGUCUGAUGUCUGAAAACAGAGAAGAGGAUCUUCAGAAAUAGCAAGGCUGCACCUGAGCACUUGGGCAUCGUGUGAGGAAGAAGCUGAUGGAAUCAACAUGUCUCUCGCUCUCGUGGAAAAUAUCAGAGGACAUGCCACCAGUUUCUAAGGGCUACAGAGUCUUGCCACGGAACAGUUAGGUUCCAUAAGUUAGCCCAUGAUGGAUGAGGUGGGACACUCAAAGGUCUGUGGAAUCCAUGGGCCAUGGAAAUUUACCUUAAUUGCUUCCAGCAAGUAGCAUGAACUUCUCCCAUGUUCAUCUGUACAAUUUAUUAAAAAAAAAAAGAAAAAGAAAAAGAAAAAUAAAGAGAGAAGUGAGUGUGGGGGAACCAAACUAACUGGGACAUUAUAACACCUAACCAGGCCCUCCACCAUCCCUACAUUUUCUUGCAUACCCUUAAUUCUCCCAUUCCUUUCACUUGUCAUCUGGUAAAUAGUAUCUGUUAUCUCUGUGUUUUCACAAAUGGUCAUGCAGUAGCAAAAAAAAUUGAGGAGCUCUGGAAUGCCCUUAGGAAGAAAACGUUUUUACCUGCUGUGUUCCCUCCUUUGCUAUCCCUUUGGAAGCUGCUUCCUCAGUGUUCUGUCACUGGAGAGUUUUCUCACUUUUGGAGAGGAUUCUGCCUAUUGCCUUGUUUUCUAGGGUUUGGGUCAGUUUACAACAGUAACAAAAACUAACCUCCUCAUUGUUGCUGCAUAUAUGCUUAUGGUAUCCUGAUGAGACAGUCAUUUGAAUAGAAAGGUUAUCCAGUAUAGCCACAUUGUAUGACAGAGCAGAAAGCUACCCCUAAGGUUUCUUGCACCACCGUUGUACUUAUAAUGACCGACCAGUUUCUGUCAGCAUUCAGGCCUGACUAAAAACUAAUAGCUAUUUUUUUUUCUCACUUCUGGAAAGAUGGGUUUUAUGACAAGGAAAAGAAACCUAGGAGGUCAUCAGUCAGCCAUGAAUAAAUGAACAAGCACUGCAUAUAUUGGGAACAGGAAAAUUUCUUCUGGCUGAACUUGUAAACUACCUGAUUCCCCAAGGGGAAUGGAAGAAAGUUUUAAAGAGAGGCUCUCCCCAAGAAAAAGGACAAACAUCAGCUCUUUGCCUCAUUACUCACUAUAGGCUUGGAAAUUUAAACUUGCUUAGCUGCUGUAAAGGCCUGCCAUGGCUACUGUACUCAUCUGUUCUCUGUCUUACCUCAAAGAUUAUAACUACAAAAGAAGAAAAAUCAGACACACAGCAAAUUUUCACCUUCAGGUUUUCUAUCAUUAAAGACAAUUCAGCUACCAGAAAUAGCAGAGCUUCCACUUUGCCCAGUUCUUAUGAAGACACUCAUGGCCCACUUUUGGCAUAAUUCUUGCAAUAGAUUUUUGAAUUUUGCUUUGCUGUUUGUUUGACAGAUCAUGUAGUGGUUGGUUUCAAACGCAUUUCUAGGGAUAGGUCUUUGGUAGAUGUUGAUCAUCAAGAUCACAUGCAGUUUGGAAACCAUGGAAAAAACUCAGGUCAUUGUUCAGAUAAGUUUUACUUCCUCAGUAGAAGUUGUGGAAAUUAAAUGAAUGAAAAUCCUUUCUUUAUUCUUUUUAAGUUUAUCUUUUCCCUCCCUCCCUUCCUC